ACUCCCACAAAUAACGAAAAUUAUGGCUUAACAAUCGCCUAAUAAAACCAUUGAUUGAGAUUCAAGAAGAAGAGGAGAGGAGGAGGACAUAAUACCAGAAACCAAAACCCCACUUCUCCUCCUUCUUCCUGGCUAUUAAUGUAGAAAACCAAAAAGUAAAGGCAAAAAGCCUUUUUCUUUUUUCUGAGAGUUUCCUCCCAAUUUCUGUGUACCAAGAAUAAAAAUCAUCUCUUUCUCUCAUCACCAAGAAUCAGGAAUCUGGGCCAUAAGUCAUUCCAUAUUCCAUUUCAUCUGAUUGGGUGGGUUUGGGGUUCAUUUUUUCAAUUUCAUUCUCUUUAUUGGCCAUUGUUUAAAUUUUGAUUUGGUUGAUUGAAGUUGGUGGAAUGUGAUAAAAUUGAAAUACCUAAUUAUUAUGUUAAAGGGGCAAAGUUUGCUGUGCCAUCUUAAUAAGAUCAAUUCUUGGGGUGGGAUGGCCGCCAGACUAGACGGGAACUUCUUCUCCGCGGGUGUCCAUGGUUUUAGUAGUCAGGUGGUCGGUCCUGGUCGAGCCAAUGUGCUCCAUGGGGAUCGAAUUGCAAACUGCAUUGCAGUUGAUGGUGUUGGUAGUUGUAGUACUAGUAGUAGUCGAAGUAGCAGCGGUAGUAGUAUUAGUAGGAUAAAUGUGCGGGGCAGAAAGGAGGUUUGCUUGAAAUGCUGUGCUGACCACAGCGUGCCUGAUGGGCAUGGCCUUCAUAAUAGACGAGUUGACGAUAAAUUUAUCAGAAAGCAGCCUACUCGCAAAUUGUCUCCAUUGCCAUAUCCACAGCUUUUUCGUUAUUAUUCGGAUGAUGGUAAGAGGCUUGAAGAUACCAAGGAUACUACAGCCACUAAGCGGCCGUUGAAGAUGAAUGGUCAUGGUGAGAUGUUUGAACGUGGAAGCCCUCUUGGGUUAUUUGACUGCGCAUUGCCUGAUAAGCUGGUUGUGGCUGUUGAUGUGGACGAGGUUCUUGGAAACUUCGUUUCAGCCCUUAACAGAUUUAUAGCUGAUCGAUACUCUUCCAGCCACUCGGUUUCGGAGUACCACGUCUACGAGUUUUUCAGGAUCUGGAAUUGUUCUCGAGAUGAAGCUGAUAUCCGUGUUCACGAGUUCUUCAAGACUCCGUACUUCAAAACAGGAAUCCAUCCUCUUCCGGGUGCUCAGGUCACUCUCCACAAGCUAUCUAAGUUUUGCAAUCUAUCUGUUGUGACGUCUCGUCAGAAUGCAAUUAAAGAUCACACAAUUGAGUGGCUCGAAAAGCACUUCCCUGGAUUAUUUCAAGAGAUUCACUUUGGCAAUCACUUUGCAUUGGAUGGGAUAUCACGACCAAAAUCUGAAAUCUGCAGGUCUCUAGGAGCGCAUGUCCUGAUCGACGACAACCCUCGAUAUGCUCUUGAGUGCGCUGAAGCUGGGAUUCGGGUUCUACUUUUUGAUUACGAAAACUCGUAUCCUUGGUCAAAGUCUGAGUCUGCCAUUCUGCAUCCCAUGGUGACCAAGGUUCAUAACUGGGAUGAAGUAGAGCAGCAACUAGUUUCAUCAGUUAUAUCACAGUAGUACAAUCAACAGCCUCUCCUCAUACAUAAACAACCAAAUUUUGGAUGGCCAAAGUUGUGUAGAACAUCCCUGGUUCAGAAGUGGACCAUAUGGUUCUGUUAAAUCAAUACAGGGUUUCCGUUUAACAUAGCAUUUCUGAUUAAACACCAGGCAUCACGGACCAGAUCUGGAAAUGUAAAUAAAAGAACUAAUGUGAAACCCGUAUCAUCAAUAUGAUUUUUACUUUGGCUCCA